AUGUAUUCCGCUCGGGAUGAUGUAAAGAGUAAAGGUCAAGGACCCCCCUCGCCGUGCAAGGUUUGUAGUAGCCGUUUCCACUGGGAUAGAGACUGCCCUCACUGGAAGGAAUACAUACAGACGGUAAAAAGGGUCAGGUCAGCGAAAUUUGUAGAAUCGGAUCCUGUACGUACAGUCGAUGAGGAAACCAUGUACGAUCACUGUUACAAUGCGUAUAUGGCACAGAGCCACAUUGACCCUUAUGUCUACUCGGAGCGAUCUCUUAAGUCAUCUAUGCGGGUGCAAACCGCGCUACCUACGAUUCCUGAGGAACCCGAACCUAGAACCUAUUCAUCUAGACCGACCGUUGAGGAAGUCGAAGACGAAGAAAUUCUUCUGGACAGGGAGAGAUCUCACAUUUCUUACGAGCAGGACGUUUUGCUGGAAGAAGUUGUUCCCACUACUUCUUCAAAGAUAGUUCGCUUGGUACCUGGACGUCGUACGCAAAUGCCAGGCUUAGCCUCAGAAGGUGUCUCGGUGCUAGCGACCGAAGGACGGCUAAUGCAGCUCGACGGAUUGGAAGUCACAUUACGGUACGAUUCAGGAGCAGAUAUCACGUUGUUGUCGGAAGACACGUAUCUGAAACUACGAAAUCCGCCCCCUCUUAAGAAAGGGAUGAAGAUUAAUCUCCUUCAGCUGACUUCGGAGGAGACUUCGGUGAAAGGAUUUAUCAACUUACCGAUCUUCGUAACUCUCGAUGACGGAACCAUUUUGGAAAUGGAAGUUGAAGCAUAUGUGGUCUCUCGAAUGACGGUACCUAUCUUGCUGGGAGAAGACUUUCAUGAGAUUUUCGAGGUAGGUGUAACGAGAGACGCGGUUCACGGGACGAGAAUUAGCUUUGGGAAAGGUGCUCAUUCGGUGCGAGCCACUGGAGUGCCGAGGCCCAAGGAUCACGCUUUAGUAGCACGCAAGCGUAGUAUGCUUGGAGGGAUACCGGUAGUGAGAGCGAAGAAGGAUGUGAUUAUUCAGGCAGGGAGUACUCAUCGAGUUGAGGUUGAAGGACAUUUCAUUGACGAUCGUGAUUGGCUGGUGGAGAAGUAUACGAUAGCAGACACGGACACUCCGGUCUUUGCUAUACCGUCUACUUUAAUCACGAGAACUUCGCCGUUCGUUCCGGUGGCGAAUCUGUCCUCACAUCCUAAAACCAUCAGGAGGGGCGACGUAUUAGGAGAACUGAAGGACCCUCAGACUUAUCUCGAUGGUGCGAAGGAUGAAACGGCUUACACCCAAAUGGCGGCCCAUGCUUGGACAAUUAAAGCACUCGUCGAC